GUAGUUGCGGUAAAACCUAAACUUGAUUUGAGGAUUUUGGUUCUCGAUUCUCGAUUUCUUCUUCUGGUAUGGCGUGGAGAAUGGCGAUGUUGAGGAGCGCUAGAGAGGGGGCGUUAGGAGUCCGGCGGUGGGGGCACACAGCCGCUCAACCAGCGCCGCUGCAAGCUGCUAUCGACGCUCCGAUCAACAAUACCACCACCCUGCCGCCGUUGGUUUUGCCGGAAGACGGAAAUGAUUGCAGAAUUGGUUUGGAAUUUCCGAAUUUACCGUUCGUCGGCGGGUCCAUGGAGCUCAUGGCUGUCCCCAAAAAGAAAGUGAGUCCCCAUAAGAGAGGUAUUCGGAACGGGCCAAAGGCUUUGAAACCUGUGCCAGUUAUUGUCCGUUGCAAGGUUUGUGGUCGGGUAAAGCUUCCACACUUCUUCUGCUGCAGCGGGAUAAAGAAGAAUCCUGGUGAAGAGUAGCUAGAAACUGCACUGGAUUUUCAUUUUCUGAUUUGCUGCCUUCUGCUUCUGCAUCUGUUGUCCACAGCUAUGUCCAGUGCUGCAUAUUGGGCUUCUAUACCUUUUUUGGAAUGGGCCUUGUAAUUCUUAAGGUCCAUGCUCUCCUCUUAUUGGACUGUAAUGCUAAUGUUUCAAUGAUGAGGAUUUUAAAUAUAAUCCCUAAUUUGUAGGUGGAUUUUAAAGUAGGGCCUUCAAGACUUGUUUUUUAAUAAAAAAUAAUUAUUUUAUUUUUA